GAGGCGCAGCUGCAGGGUCAACGGGUUGCAGGGACCGGAGUCGGCAUCGGGAGUUCCGAGAGGGAGGCCGGCGGCUGGGACCUGACCAAGGGCCUGGAGCUCUGGGGGAGGGCAAGAGCGGAGAGCACGGGCGAGCGGGGUUAGUGCCCAGAGGGCGUGGGGAAAGGACAGGAGCCAACAGCAACGCGCGGGGCUGGAGCAGCUGCCUGGGGACCAGACUGGAAGAUGCCUGGGGGCCCGGGCGCGCCCUCCUCUCCCGCAGCAUCCGCAGGUUCCUUCCUUGACGCGCCUUCGGGGAUCGCCGCAUGCCCGCCGCCCCCGCUCCCCCUGGCCCGGGGGUCUCCACCGGCCUCUGGUCCCCGACGCGGCGCCAGUGUCCCGCAGAAGCUGGCGGAGACUCUGAGCAGCCAGUACGGGCUGAACGUGUUCGUGGCGGGGCUGCUGUUCCUGCUGGCCUGGGCGGUGCACGCGGCGGGUGUGGGCAAGAGCGACCUGCUGUGCGUGCUGACCGCGCUCAUGCUCCUGCAGCUGCUCUGGAUGCUGUGGUACGUGGGCCGCAGCUACGUGCAGCGCCGCCUCAUCCGCCCCAAGGACACGCAUGCGGGCGCGCGCUGGCUCCGUGGAAGCAUCACAUUGUUCGCAUUCAUCACCGUCAUCCUGGGAUGCUUGAAAGUCGCAUACUUCAUUGGAUUUUCUGCGUGCUUGUCAGCCACAGAGGGUGUUUUCCCGGUCACCCAUGCAGUGCAUACGCUGUUGCAGGUCUAUUUUCUCUGGGGCCAUGCUAAGGAUAUUAUCCUGUCUUUCAAAACCCUGGAAAGGUUCGGGGUGAUCCACUCGGUGUUCACGAACCUGCUGCUGUGGGCCAACAGCGUCCUGAAUGAAUCAAAACACCAACUGAAUGAGCACAAGGAACGGCUUAUCACGCUGGGCUUUGGCAACAUCACCAUAGUUUUGGAUGACCACACACCACAGUGUAACUGCACACCACCUGCCCUCUGCUCUGCCCUCUCCCACGGAAUCUACUAUCUGUAUCCCUUCAACAUCGAGUACCAGAUCUUGGCCUCCACCAUGCUCUACGUGCUGUGGAAGAACAUUGGGCGCAGGGUGGACAAUUCCCGGCACCAGAAGAUGCAGUGUAGAUUCGACGGGGUCCUGGUGGGCUCUGUGCUGGGCCUGACAGUCCUGGCUGCCACCAUCACCGUGGUUGUGGUGUACAUGAUCCAUAUCGGGCGCUCCAAGUCCAAGAGCGAGUCGGCACUCAUCUUGUUCUAUUUGUAUGCCAUCACUGUGCUACUGCUCAUGGGGGCCGCUGGGUUGGUAGGAACCUGGAUUUACAGGGUGGAUGAGAAAUCCCUGGACGAGUCCAAGAACCCUGCACGCAAGCUGGAUGCCGACCUCUUGGUGGCCACAGCCUCGGGCUCAUGGCUUCUCUCCUGGGGCUCCAUUCUGGCCAUCGCCUGUGCUGAGACCCGCCCACCGUACACCUGGUACAAUCUGCCCUACUCUGUCCUGGUGAUCGUGGAGAAGUAUGUCCAGAACCUUUUCAUCAUCGAGUCGGUGCACCGCGAGCCCGAGGGGGUCCCCGAGGAUGUGCGCACUCUGCGCGUGGUCACCGUCUGCAGUGGUGAAGCUGCUGUACUGGCUGCAUCCAGUCUCGGGAGCCAGGGGUUGGCUCGGGAUGGGUCAUCUACCGUCAAUGGGAAUCUGUGUCCGCAGCAGGGAUGCGGUAAAGAGGACCAGGAGGCUGUCUGGGAAGGGGCUGCGGGCGCAGUCCGCUGUCCGGACUUCCUGCAGGGCGGAGUCAAGAGGAGGCUCCUUAGAAACAUCACGGCCUUUCUGUUCCUUUGCAAUAUCUCGCUCUGGAUCCCCCCCGCCUUUGGCUGCCGCCCUGAGUAUGACAACGGACUGGAGGAAAUCGUCUUUGGCUUUGAACCCUGGAUUAUUGUGGUCAACCUGGCCAUGCCCUUCUCCAUUUUCUACCGGAUGCACGCAGCUGCUGCUCUCUUUGAGGUCUAUUGUAAGAUCUAGCUCGAGUCCCCAUGAAAGGGGAAGGGACACAGGAACAAGGGGGCUCUGCAGCCACCUGGGAAGGGCCGGGCUGAGCAAACACUGUCUGACAAAAGCCAGAAGGAUGCCUUUUGUCUGCUUGACCGUGUCUGGAGGUGCCCUGGCCCCGGGCGGGCGGGCGGGCGAGAGUGAACAGUUAAAGCAAUUGCACAAGGUGGUUGGAGCCUGCCCCUGGUCAGCCAGUUCCAGUCAGAUACCAAACGAUUUGAGCUCCUUCUGGUGGAGACCCUGUGUUUCAGAAGAAGGUGGUCCAAGUUUGAGGAAAAAGUAUGGUGGGGUCAUAACAUGCAUUUCCUGUCAGUAAUUUAUGUGACUAUCUGCAACAUUUUCCUGGCCAUCUGUGUAGCAAUCAAUUUAUAUUUUUUUCUUUCCUUCUCAGGGCUACUGAGUUUAGAAGCAAAUGCAUUCUAGUUUAUAGCUUACUUUUUGAACUGGCUUAAUUUGGGGCAAAAUUACUUUUAAUCAACUGCAUGGGAAUGUGUACCUAGAUUAGUGUAAAUGUGCAGAAUUACCUAAAAUUUUGCUUCAUUUUUAUUUGUGAUCAUUUUGAAAGUAUCAAAAAAUAAAUAUUGCUGUUCUCUUUUUUGCUA